CUUCCCAAUGCUAUCAAGGAAGCCGUUUCUUUAGUUCCCAAGCUUGGGGAGAAAUACCUAUGGGUUGACUGUUUAUGUAUUGUCCAGGACGACGAUAGCAUACGCGGACAUGUGAACCAUAUGAGCGAUAUACAUUCUGGUGCAUAUUUGACGAUCAUAUCUGCAGAUUCCUAUGGCAGGCUACGGAGAAUCAGUGAUCUUUUCCGCAGCUCUAAAAUAGACAACAAGGUAGAGUAUCUCUACGACGAUCUCUACAGAUCCACGUGGGCCACCCGUGGCUAG